AUGACUGGAGGAUUCCGGAGUCGUCGCCAACGUAUCUGCUCCUGGUGCUCCAAGUCCUUUACAAAGGAUGAGCACCUGGCACGUCAUGUGAGAACUCACACAAGAGAGAAACCAUUUCCCUGCCCAAUCUGUAGAAAGGCAUUCAGUCGCCAGUUGGACACUAACCAAUUCUUUAGUGAUUCGCUUCUACGACAUUCAAGAUGCCAUCAGGAAUCUCGCCCCCACACCGGUGCGGCCCACAACCCGGAAUGUGGUGCCUUGAAUGCACCAGAGCAAAGAUCCCCUCCCAGACAGAACUCAAUAGACAUCCAUGGAUCUUCUACUCCACGACACCAAUUGUCCUCGAUUGGACCAAGCAAUCCCAAGGCUUCGGAUUUCCGAUCGGUGUCGUAUUCGGUUUCUAACCCGGCACUGCGUCGGACCACGCUUCUUCCGAAUGUCGAAGAACUGGUUCAGGUGCGUCCGGACAGAGUUGCUGGAUUCCCAACCCCAGGCUCUCAGUCCAAUCUAACUGGGCCAGAUCCAUGCCUGGAUAUUGCCCGACAAGAUGAUUCAUGGAUGUUUGCCAACGCAAAUACCGAGAUGCCGGCGUGGUUUGCAGACGAUGAUUUUGAUCUCACUGCUCUCAACUCAGAGAUCUUCAUGUCAACUGCCCAGUGGUUUCCUCCUGGAGACGACAAUCAUCAAUGGCACCAGCCCUUGGGCAAUACUCCUCCUCCCUUCGUGGAAGACAUGCUGCCAUCCCGCGAGGAACUGGUACAAACACAUUGGUACACAUUCAUGGGCACAUCACCAACCGGGCAAACCACGCCAGAAACCGGCAUGGGCCCGACACGAGUGGAUGAAGCAUACCGAGCUAGCCUGGCCGCGAAGCUCCAGCCUCAUAUACCAUUUCUCCCGCUUCCCUCGACUGAUUUUUUGAAUCUCUGUGUUCAAAUGUACUUCACCAAAUUUCACCGCGUGUUUCCCAUUGUGCAUGCUCCAACUUUCAGGCCGUCCUCUAAAAGCUCACUUCUCUUGCUAUCUAUUUGUUCCAUUGGAAGUUUGUUUGUGGGAUCCUCACAUGCUGCAUCUCAAGGGGUGAAAAUCUUUGAGACACUCAACAAGGCAAUACUGUCAUCGUGGGAGAGACACUUUUCAAAGCAAGGGCCGGAGACGAUUGCCAUGAUCCAGGCAGCUCUCAUUGGGCAGACGUUUGGAUUACUUUCGGGAAGAAAAAAGGAUUUGCUUACAGCGGAGACAUUUCACGGCACUUUGGUUGUAUGGGCUAGGAGAGCAACGACAUUCAUAUGUAAAAAAGCGUCGGACUAUAUAAGCUCGAGUGAAAUACUCGAUGCCCCAGAGAAAGCUUGGAAGAGGUGGAUUCAGGCCGAAGAACAGAACCGACUACUUGUGGGAAUUCAUGUGCAUGAUGUCGAGAUCUCAGAGCUGUUUCUGACGGAUCCGUAUCUGCGACAUACAUCGGGAAAGCUCCCAGCAUUAUGCGACGAUGACCUCUGGGAUAUAACAACAGUUGAGGACUGGAGACAAAAGAUAAUGAUCCACUCCACGGGUUCGAACCCUGAUAUCCACGAGACUUCCUUGUACCGCCCGGGAGUGACAGCCAAUGGGGUCACUGUACCUGUGACUGGCACUUUGAGAAGUGGCUUUCAUACCUAUCUCGAGCUGGAAGAGCUUGCCGCGUCGGCCAUUGAAGUGAAGAAUACCGAUGGCCCAGCCCAACAAAAGUCCUUGGAGAAUGCCUUGGUGAACUUCCAUACAUCGCACAUCAGGCCUAGUAGAGAAAACACGACGGAUCCAUACUGCCUUCCCGUUCUAUGGCACUCGAUCUUUUUCUCUCUUUAUGCUGACAUAAGCCGAUUAGAACUUGUAAUCGGCAAAGAAGGCUUAACGGAGGCAGAGAAUCACGUAGAGUACGCCCGUUCAUGGGCCUCAUCCCCAGACGGUCGAUGCUGCGCGCUCCAUGCCGCACUUAUUCUCCGUGAGCUUGAGAGGGAGAAUAUCGGAACGGAGCCCCCGAUGCAUGUCCCGCGAAUCCUAUUUCGUGCAGCUUUGAUUUGGUUCUGCUAUACUCGCUUUGGCACGGAUACGGCGGACUUGCGGCAGAGCUUGCAAUUUUCUGCAUUGCAGAGAAUCGGCGUUAAUUGCCAGAGACUGCUUUUCGAGGCACACGGUUUUAAGGUCCUGCGGCCUACGACUUCCGAGUCAAGUACUUUCUCUGGGCUGUUGGAUUUAUUGUCAAGAGUUGGUCAUUGGGGUAUUUCGCAGCUGAUGGGCUCGAUUUUGAAUUUGCUGCUUCCCAAAGACGAGAGGCAUACAACAUGA